UGAAUUUAAGAAUUUUAUAAUUGUUUAACACUAAAGAUGUUGUUUUUUUAUAGAAAAAGUAUAAUAAUUGAAAUCUUGAUAAUGACAAAAAAAAUGUUAGUCAUUUUGUCAAAUUCUUAUCAUUUUCCAAUCUUGCAUACAAAACAUACUUUUAAAGUGGAGAAUACAACCUUUGAUUUUUUUGUAAUUUCCUAAAAUUUCUCAAUAUCGCGUUGUUAUCUCUAGUUUCAAAACAAUUUAACAUUUUUUGUAAAAGGGAUAAGCUUAUAAAAAUUCACAUUAAGUAUAACCUUUAUUAAAAGUAUUAAGUAUUUUAUAAUUUCAAAAAUAUUUUCAAGUUGAGAGAUUGAAACGAACAUUAAAAUGUGAAUUAUUCUUGGUUCCAAAAAUUUUUUAAACUUAAAUAUAACAGCAGUAACUAAUAAUAAAUAAUAUGAAAAAAGAAUUUUAGAUAAAUAAAAGAUAUAGAUGCUUAAUGUUUUUAGCCAAGACUACAUAGAUAUCUAUGGUUAGAAAAAAACUUAUAUAUAAGAACUUAAAUUAAAAAAAUAUAUACAUAACGUAUUUUUAAUAUUUAACUAAAAUAAUUAAGACACAUAAUAUUAAUGUUAAAAUAUAUAACAAAAGUAUUAUAAUACAACAUAAUAUUAACAUUUGAAGUAAGCAAUAAUUUUACGAGUUUGAAUAAAAACUAAUAUAGUGUUCUGUGAACAACGGACAGUUAUCAGCUAUUAAAAGUCCCCUUGCCAUUUAAUGAGCCUCGUCGACUUGAACCAUACACAAACCGAUCGACGCCGCAAAUAUUCGUAUGUGUACAUAUAAAUUUUUUAUUCUCCACUCCCCUCCGACUUUUUCCCAUCCACACCUUUCUAUUUCCUUCCGGUUCCGUCCGGUCAGUCGCGCAUGAGGGCACGCAAGCGCGCCUACGGACCCCCGACUCUGUUGUGGAGUCCAUCUACGGGGGGUUUUCAGUUUGUGAAUAUACGCGAUCGAGUUUGCUUCGAAUACCGAAUCGUAGUACGCGGUGCAACUCGAGUCACUGAAUAAUUUAAUCGCGCAAGACGACUUAUUAUGCGGUGCGCCAAGUGUAAUCGCCAAAAUUUCAUGUGAGCAAAAGUGACCUGCGGAUCAUUAAUUAUUCAUUAAGAAGCAAACACUUUGACGCAUAACGAUGGGAACUAGAAGAUUAGCCAUAUUGCGCGCUUUUGUCUGUUGCUCGAAUAUAAUUUUCUUGAUGUCAGGUUUCGUUUUGAUGUCAUUAGGAGGAUUGUUAUUAGCCGACAAUGAACGGAUUUUAUUAUCGCGUCUGCUAGGACCUGGUGAUAUUCACCCGGAUCAGCCUCUGUUUUAUUAUUUGGCUUUUGCUAUAGUUGCAUUAGGAUUUCUCAUCGCUAUCACCGGACUUCUCGGAUGCUGGGCGGCUUGUCUCUUUAAUCGAUGCAUCACGAUUUCUUAUCUCUUAACAAUAAUAUUGUUACUCUUCGGUGAAUGUACCGUGUGCGUCAUCGCUGUCUUCUGGCCUCAUAUACUGGGGAUCGACGUAAGACCGGCGCGUCUGAUACGCGCUUUGCAACGCAGUUAUGCUCUACCUGGACGUGAGCAAUUCACGGCUGCCCUCGAUCUAGCACAAACAAUAUUCGCCUGUUGCGGCAUAAACGGAAGCAGCAAUUACGGCACGUCGCGGUGGCGACUGCAGGAAGUCGGCCGCAGAGAAUUAGUGGUAGUACCUCUCAGUUGUUGCACCCUGAAUAAUGCCAAUGAGACGGGCUCCUUUCUCAACCCCGAGCCUGCCAAUCUCACUCUCUGCCAGACUCUGAACCCUGCCGAACAUCAAUACGCCCGACACACUGCGGGUUGUCUCGAGCACAUUGAGAAGUGGACGCAAAACCAGGCGCUAAUCUUGUUGGCCAUCGUAUUAGCCAUCAUGCUCGUUGAAGUCAUGGCGCUUCUCAGUAUACUUCUUGCCUGCUCCCGAGAGAACAGAAGAAGUAAAUCGCAAGCGUCAACUUUCACUUCCACGCAGACUUUAAGUCCAUUCACCGAAAGCGAUCACGACUUUAGUAUAGGCAUCGAGAAUAGGAUGCAUACGGCCGGAACGACGUUUGGUGCCAAAUCAUGAAGAUGGCUGGAGGGCAGUAAAGAACGGACAACAAUCGAUGUUAAAGACACAGGUAAGCGAGAAAUAUGCGACGAUAC